UUGUAUGUGCUGCAGUCUGGCUAACAAAGAGUGUGUGUGUAUGUUUCCGCUGUUUCACAUCAGUCUCUUUGGAUUGGUCUGUGUACAUACAUUACAUGUGUAUGUUUAAGUUGUCUCAUUGCUAAGGCACACGGCUGUAUUAGUACACUACACUGCUUACACCCCGCUGUAUUUUUUAAGGCAGCCGGUAAUUGCAGCCUCACCCUCUAUCAUACAGGCACACCCAGCUUGUGCGCUUCCAGUUUGGAAAGACAGUUCUCCUCGGGAUAUUCACACGGCAAGAGAAACUUUCUAAAUCUCACAGUGUAUAUGCUAAACCUGCCUUAAUGGCUUCUUACUCUCAGAAAUCCAGCCAUGCUUUCUCUGUUUGGCAACAAGAUGAUUCGGUGGAGAGGGAUGGAGAAUUUGCCAGCCCCCCUCCAUCAGUGAGGUGCCAGGUCAUUUCUAGUUCUACAAAUGGCAAUCACUCAACUCUCUUAGAGGAAACUUUCGAAUCCAAACUCAAAAUAACCUCUGACGUCCAUUCUUCAUUGCACUCAGAGGAGGCGGAGACAAAGCUAAGAGCAGCACUGGCAACAUUCAAUGACAAGAUUCAAUAUUUAGAGAAGCAGCGGGAAAUUCUGGAGGGUCGUUGUUCAAUGAUUGAAACAGAAGAAACUACCCAAACUGAUCUGGAGCCUCUGUACUUGUCUUACAUCAGUCGUCUCCUGGGGGAAGUGAAAAAUGUCACUCAGAACAACCACCAAACACAGAGGCAACUGCUGGGCAUGAUGGAUUCGGUCAAUGAUGUGAAAGACAAGUUUGAAGAUGAACUCUGCCGUCGCACAAAUGUGGAAUAUUCUUUUGUAGAACUCAAAAAGGCAGUAGAUGAACGCAGUUUGGAACGGACUGAACUGGAAACACGAAAGCAAGAGAUAAGAGAGAUGAUAGAUCUGAUGAAAACAGUUUACGAGCAGGAGCUUAAAGAAUUGAUGGAGGAAUCAGGGGACAUAUCAGUGCUUGUAAACAUGGGACAGAAUUUUUCAAUAAACCUAGACAAAGUAGUCCAAGAAGUAAAGGAACAAUAUGAGCGCAUUGCAUCAUGGAGCCAAGAAGAAGCAAAGGCACUCUCCAGAAACAAGUUGGCAGAAGGAGUACAAAGGGCUGGCCGCUACGAGGUGGAACUAAAGAGCAGCCGCAGUGAGAUCACCCAUCUCAAUAGCAAGAUUCAGCGCCUUAGGUCAGAAAUCCUAAGCAUUCAAAACCAGAGCUCACAGUUAGAGCAAGAAGUGUCACUGGCAAAGACCAACAGCAACAUGGCGCUUGCAGAUGCCAAUGCCAAGGUUACGGAAAUCGAGGAUGUGCUUCUUAAAGCAAAGCAGGACGUGGCCAAGCAACUGCGGGAAUACCAGGAGCUACUACAUGUGAAACUGGCUUUGGAUAUUGAGAUCGCUGCAUACAAUUUACUUCUGGAGGGGGAAGAGAACAGGCUUCGGGUUCCUGCACCUUUAAAUGUCCAACAUGGAAAUGAUGUUUCUGCCUUCAGUGAACCUUCCAGAAUUAAGAAGUAUUAUUAAAAAUGUGCAGAACUAAACUGCAUACUGACAUUGUUAUUACUAUGACAAAGUACAGGUAUGGGAUCUAUUACUCACGUCGUCUCCCAUAGAGUCUAUUUUAAGCAAAUCAUUUUAAUUUUUAUAAAUGGUUUUCUCUUUUUCACUGUAAUAAUAAAACAGUAUUUGUUGGUAACUAAGCUGCAUGAAUCCAUUUUGGUGGAAAAACAAUCCUACUGGUGUUUUAAAAGUCAAGGAAAACCUAAUCUGUAAAGGCACUUAUCCAGGGUCAGACUGGGCCGGUGGAAAAGAAAAACUCUGUGGAAAAGAAAACGGUGGGCCCCGGUUCUCACGGGCCCCACCAACCCAGACCCACUCCCUAUACGAAUCAUGUUGCUGCCGCCGACCUCCAUUCUCCAGGCCAGUUGCUCUGCAAAAAAGCUCUGCAAAGCCAUGUUUUUGCUUUUUAUGCUGCAUGGUUUUUUUCCAGGGAUCCCUUAUGUCACACUAAACUAGUACAUGCACAAUAUUGUUCAUUUAUUGUACUGCACAUGCACAAGUCCAGAGGCUCAUGGGAAUCCUGGGAAAACAGAGUAAGAUGGUGACCCUGUGCUUAAAUAGAAAGAACCCAGGGACAGUUUUUCCAAAAAAGAGUACCAGCCAGGGGGAAAGAGCAAUUUAAUUUACUGGGGUGAGGGAGGUUCUAACAAAUCCCAAACAUUCCAAUGUAUCAGCUGCUUCUCUAACACUGAAAUGUUUUUAGCAGUCAUAUGGAAUGGUGCAUUGCAGAUGGACACAUGGGUGUCCACAGAAUAUUUUUCGGGGGGGGGGGCACGUGAGUUAAUAUCCCAUCGCGUAGCAUCCCACUGAAGAUAAACCUAUAAUUGACAAUGCAGAAUAGAGUCCUGCAGCAGGUCUGGUACCCGCUGGUUACCCACAAAAACCUGCGGUACCCUGCGGGUUGCGGGUAGAAGUUCCGGUUGCGGUAAUAGACGCAGGUUGGCGGUUCUUGCGGGUUUGCGGGUCUUACCAAUAGUGAUUUUUACUCCUUUUUUCUGAUUACGCCUACUUCUGAUGAUGUCACUUC